UUGUUUGUGCCUUAGACCCCACUUGAUGGGAAUAUACUGGGUUUGUUGUUGUAAUUUGUUUGUGUUAAUCUAAUGCUAAAUGUUACUAAUUGAUUUGGGAUUUUUGAGUGGAAAUAACCUAUGUACUUUCCCGAGAUAGGACAAAAGGGAGUUGCUAGGCCUUCAAGUGGCAAGCACCCCUCAAUUGUUACCCGUGGUUGUGAGUUCGAGUCAUUAAGAGAGCUAAAAGGGUGGGAGUUCCUGCAAAGGGCUAACCCCUCAAUUGUUACCCCGUGGUUGUGAGUUCGAGUCAUUCAGAGAGCUAAAAGGUUGGGAGUUCCUGCAAAGGGCUAAGAAGAAUUUUUUAUUUUUUUUAGAAAAAAUCCAAAGGUAGGGUAAGGUAUACGUAUGCUCUAUCCUCUCCUGACCCUACCCUACUUGUAGGAUUACACUGGGUAUGUUGUCGUAGCUGAAAUGAACCUGGAUAGAGCUGAUUAGGUAAAGCUCAAGUAAGGGACCAACUAUAGUAGCAUUGACCAUGUUUCGUCGCAAGAACCAUUCUCAUAGUGAACAGCAGGGUGAGGACCAGCAGCACAAGGUAAAGGAGCUUAAGGCUUCCCUGGGGCAACUCUCAGGGCGCAGCGCACUGUACUGCACCGAUACAUGUUUAAAAAGGUAUUUGGAAGCACGGAACUGGAAUGUAGAUAAAGCAAAGAAGAUGUUGGAGGAUACACUUAAAUGGAGAUUAUCGUUUAAACCUGAAGAAAUUCGCUGGAAUGAAGUAGCAAUAGAAGGUGAGACUGGGAAGGUGUAUAAAGCAAAUUUUCAUGAUCGCUAUGGCAGGACAGUCCUUAUAUUGCGACCAGGAAUGCAGAACACAUCAGCACUAGACAACCAGAUGAAGCAUUUGGUGUAUCUGAUCGAGAAUGCCAUAUUUAAUCUGCCAGAAGGUCAAGAACAGAUGGCCUGGUUAAUUGACUUCACUGGAUGGUCUAUAGCCAAUAAUGUUCCUGUAAAAUCUGCUCGUGAGACCAUCAAUAUUUUGCAAAACCACUACCCUGAGAGACUCGCUGUAGCAUUUUUGUACAACCCACCGCGAAUUUUUGAAGCAUUUUGGAAGAUUGUCAAAUACUUUAUGGAUCCCAAAACAUUUCAGAAGGUCAAGUUUGUGUAUCCAAAGAACAAGGACAGUGUGGAACUGAUGAAGUCAUACUUCGACGUGGAUAAUCUUCCUACUGAGUUUGGAGGAACAGCUACUUUGAACUAUGAUCACGAGGAGUUCUCGAGGCAAAUGGCUCAAGAUGAUGUGAAAGUCGCCAAGUUUUGGGGUUUCGACAAACACCCCCCUGGUGCUAAUGGUUACUCUGCAGUAGAGGUUGCUCCGGAACCCGAAGCUGUUGCCCUACCAGCCACUGCAAGCGCUUAAACGUUUGUUCUACUGACAAAGUUGAGUCUUAUAUGCCUAACUAAGUUAAAAUAAAUAAGGAGGAAUGUAAGAUUAUGUUCUCAGAGACUAGAACACUACCUGAGAGGUUAUUUCAGAUAACUUUCAUUGUAGAAUGUAUUUUUGCUUAUGCAGAAAUCAAAAAGUACUACUAGCUUUUUAAGACCA